AAAUCUUUCCUAAUUUUAAUAAGAUCACACAGUUAUCAUUACGGAAAAGAACUGUAUAUCAAGUAAUUUAGUCUCUGAGGAUAUGGAGAGUGAGGGAAAGAUCGUGUUUACAGAAGAGCAAGAAGCUCUUGUGGUGAAGUCAUGGAGUGUCAUGAAGAAAAAUUCAGCUGAUUUGGGUCUCAAACUAUUCAUCAAGAUCUUUGAGAUUGCACCAACAGCGAAGAAGUUGUUCUCGUUUUUGAGAGACUCACCCAUCCCUGCUGAGCAAAACCCAAAGCUCAAGCCUCAUGCCAUGUCUGUUUUUGUCAUGUGUUGUGAGUCAGCAGCACAGCUGAGAAAAACAGGAAAAGUUACAGUGAAGGAGACAACCCUGAAGAGGCUAGGAGCCAAUCAUUCUAAAUACGGCGUCGUUGAUGAACACUUUGAGGUGACCAAGUAUGCAUUGUUGGAGACGAUAAAGGAGGCGGUGCCGGAGAUGUGGUCACCGGAAAUGAAAUCUGCUUGGGGUCAGGCUUAUGAUCACCUUGUUGCUGCCAUUAAAGCUGAAAUGAAGCCUUCUCACUAAAAUCUAUUUUAACAUAAUAAGCAAAAGAUGUCUACUUAUUACAAAACCUGUAGUCAAAUUUUGAAUAUGACUUGUUUGUAUUCAGUUUGGCUUUUGCUUGAAUUAUAAUAACACGUGUGGAUUGCAGUUCCAGAUUA